AUGCUAAACACAGCUCUCCUCGUACUAGACAUCCAAAAUGGCAUACUCGACCGUCUAGGAACCACCAUCACAGACGACUAUCUCCAACGUCUCUCAACUACGCUCACCAAAGCCCGCGCCGCCGGCGUCAAAAUCAUCUACAUAACAACAUCCUUCCGCCCCGCCUACCAAGACCUCCACCUCAACAACUCCUCCACAGCAACAAUCAAGUCCUCGAACAAAUUCAUCCAAGGCGAUCCAUCAACGCAGAUCCACCCCGCCGUCUCCCCAGAUACAAGCAGGGGCGAUACAGUCGUGAACAAGUGCCGCGUAUCCGCGUUUGCGGGGACGGAUUUGGAGCUUGUCUUGCGUUGUCUUGAUGUACGCGAUGAUUUGGUGGUUUGUGGGUUGAGUACUAGUGGUGCGGUGUUGUCGACGGUAAGACAGGCGGCGGAUUUGGAUUAUCGACUUACUGUGUUGAGAGAUUUGUGUUUGGAUCGGGAUGAUGAGGUGCAUGGGGUGCUGAUGGAUAGGGUGUUGGUGAGACAGGCGCGGAUUGUGGAUUCGGAUGAGUGGUUGGAUUUUUAUGAUUGA